AAUCAUUCGAGGGGUUGACCAUGAUGGUCUUCGCCAGACUCGUACCGCUCACUCUUUUAUUAGCGAAUAUUGGAGUCUCUGCAAAACUCCCAGACGGUCGUCUGAAUGCCAACUUCAGACCCGCUCCCACCAUUCCUGUUAUACAAGCCCCCAUGAAUUCAGGUCCAGUAACUGGUCGCGACGGGUCCGAGCUUCCUCCCUACAACACUACUUAUUACUUUGAUCAAUUGAUCGACCACAACAAUCCUUCCCUCGGGACCUUCAAACAGCGAUUUUGGCACACGCACGAGUUCUAUGAACCUGGUGGCCCAAUCAUUCUCACAACACCUGGUGAAGCCAAUGCACAACCUUACACCCGCUAUCUCACCAACGCAACUCUCCACGGUUUAAUUGCUCAACAAGAGAACGGUUCCAUCAUUAUCCUUGAACAUCGUUUCUACGGAUUCAGUAACCCCUACCCAGACCUGACGGGAAAGAGCCUGGCACUCCAUACUAUUGAACAAGCUAUUGAAGAUUUGGAAUAUUUCGCUAAGAAUGUAAAGCUUCCGAUGCCGAACGGUGAAAAUUUAGGUCCGGAGAAGGCACCGUGGGUUUUGGUAGGAGGGAGUUACUCGGCUGCUCUGACUGGGUGGACGAUGGUCAAGAAACCCGGACUUUUUUGGGCAGGAUAUGCCUCAUCCGGUGUCGUUGAGGCCAUCUUUGAUUUCUGGCGAUACUUCGAACCCAUCCGCCAAAACAUGCCCAAGAACUGUUCCGCCGAUGUCGAAGCCGCCAUUGCCCGUAUUGAUAAGGUGUUUUCUGGCAAGGACCAAAAGGCGAUUCAGAAAUUGAAGGAUAAUUUUGGUUUGGGUGAACUUGAUCAUUUGGAUGACGUCGCCGGCGCGCUCCGAAACAACUUGUGGGAUUGGCAAAGCCUACAACCUACUUCGGGUCCUGGGACGACUUUCACGAGGUUUUGUGAUGCUCUUGAGGUCAAGGAUGGGAAAAGCGCUCCGUCAAGUGGGUGGGGUACUGAUCAUGCUAUUGAAGCUUGGGGAGCGUUUUGGAAGAAUGGGUAUCUUGAGCAAUUGUGCGGGAAUAAUAGCGUUAUCGAUUGUUUGGGCACAUACGAUCCCAACUCGACGUUCUACACUAAUACCACUAUCGACAACGUAGGACGCUCAUGGUUCUGGGUUGUAUGCAAUCAAGUAGGGUACCUCCAGGACGGUCCUCCGAAAGGCCAACCGGCGAUAGUGACGAGACUCGUUCAACCUUCCUCCGACAUCCGUCAAUGCCAAUGGAUGUUCCCCGACGUCUUCGGCCACACUCCUCCGGACAUGGAAGGCGGUGUCGAGAGGACGAAUAAAGAGUACCACGGAUGGGAUCUCCAAGUUGAUAAGUUAUUCUUUGCUAAUGGCAUACGCGAUCCAUGGCGCGAAGCCACAGUAGCCGCACAAGGUCUUAACAAACCAAGCACACCCAGACAGAUUCUUGGUCUUAGUGAUGGUUUUCAUUGCUCGGAUUUCUCGACCGCUUCGGGACAGAUUGAUGGUACGGUGGGUGAAGUGCAGAAGAAGGCGCUGAGGGCUUUGAAGGGUUGGCUUGCGGAAUGGCCGAAGGAGAAGAAGAGGGAGGAGGAGAAGGUUUCGAGGAGGGACUCCUCGACGUCUGCGGCUGCUGGAAGUUUGAGAAGAGUACAUAGUUGGGAUAGGGAGCCGGGUGUGAUGGUGUAAUCGCGUGUUACUAGAUAUUCGCUGAGGUUAAUGUCUGAAUUUGUAAAUAUGUAGCUCAUCUCUCUGUGUCCAAGUUAUUGUCCAUAAGGCUAGUUCUUUCUGCCGCGUUCAUUACCAGAUGAUAGUGAUAUUUGAUUGAAUUUCUAUAGCGCCU